AGUGGGUGGGAGUUACCAUUUGUGCUCUAAUCUGAGUGUGUGCUAAUCUGUCUUUCUCUCAAUCCCAACUUUUUUGUGAAUAGAAAUUCUGAUUGAUAUUUCUUCUGACUCGACAGAGAAAACUCAUAGUUUAUUUGAUUAUUUUAAAUUUUUUCGAAAUUUAUUUAAUUUUCCAUAUUCAUAAUACUUAACAAGCAAGUGUUAAAGCCGACAAAGAGACGUUGGAUUAGAAAGGGAAUGGAGCAUGUGGGUUUCCCGGUGCUUCACUCGCCGGAUAUAUAAGACCCAUUGAUUCUCGCAUUUGGAUUGUCUAAUACACCGAUUAAGGAUCAACCCAGAUUGUCUUUAUAGAAUCCCUCUCUUAUUUCUCUUCUCUUUUAUUAAUUCUUCAAAGAGGGAAAAAAGAAAAAAGGAAAAAAGAAAAAAAAAAGAAAAAAGGUUUUUGUAGUUUUUGCAAAUUAAAGAAAGUUUUUUAUUUUUAUUUUUUUGGUCUUUCCAAUGCUUUCGGAUUGAUUAAAGAUAUUAUUAAAUAGCAACUGUCAAUGGAAGAAAACAAAGCAAGAAGCAAGUUCAGGAGGAUUUGUGUCUUUUGUGGAAGCAACUCUGGUCAUAGGAAAGUAUUCAGUGAUGCUGCUCUUGAACUGGGCAAUGAACUGGUGAAGAGGAAGAUCGAUUUAGUGUAUGGUGGGGGAAGUGUCGGCUUGAUGGGUUUGAUAUCCCAGACAGUGUAUGAUGGAGGUUGCCAUGUUCUCGGGGUGAUUCCCAAAGCUCUCAUGCCUCUCGAGAUAUCUGGUGAAACUGUUGGAGAGGUACGAACUGUGUCAGACAUGCAUGAGCGUAAAGCAGAAAUGGCUCGAGAAGCUGAUGCCUUUAUUGCCCUACCUGGGGGGUAUGGAACAAUGGAAGAGCUGCUGGAAAUGAUCACAUGGGCCCAACUUGGCAUUCAUAAAAAAACUGUGGGUUUGCUAAAUGUGGAUGGAUACUAUAAUUCUCUGCUUUCACUAUUUGACAAUGGUGUUGUAGAAGGAUUCAUUAAGCCUGGUGCUCGGCAUAUAGUUAUCUCUGCUCCAACAGCCGAAGAACUUAUGAUAAAGAUGGAGCAAUACACUCCUUCCCAUGAACAUGUUGCUCCUCAUGAAAGCUGGCAGAUGGAACAACUCGGUAAUUAUCCAAGCCAAGAAAAUGCGAGGUGAAAAUUGUUAUUAGUCGAUAGGCAUUUUCUCUUCCUGAUGUGAUUCAUUAGUUAUCAAUGUUUGACUUGUGUAGAAGGAUCCAUUUACAUGGGACCAGUUUUUGUUCAUUGCAAUGUGUUUCUAUUUUUCUUUGUGA